CACCAAGCUUCCUUUCUUUCUCGUCGUGGCACCCAAACUUCCUUCGACAUUUCCCCCUCCAACACAGCCAUUCACACGAGAAGUUUUUGUCUUCUUCAUCUUUCCUCUCCUUGUCUGACAUAUCUGAGCACCAUCACUGGUUACCUUGACGUCGCCGAGACCCCACAGCUGUUCAGAACAGCAACCAGCACCUUGAAACCCCCUCCUUUCGUAACAUCACAACCUUACAACGUCAAAAUGGUCAAGGCUGUUGUUGCUGGCGCCUCUGGUGGCAUUGGACAGCCUCUGUCCCUGCUCCUGAAGCUCUCCCCCCUUGUCGACGAGCUUGCCCUGUAUGAUGUCGUCAACACCCCCGGUGUUGCUGCUGAUCUCUCUCACAUCUCCUCCAAGGCUAAGGUCACUGGCUAUGUCCCCAAGGAGAAGGGUGAUGUCUCGCAGGCCAAGAUCGCAUUCAAGGAUGCUGAUAUCAUUGUCAUCCCUGCUGGCAUUCCUCGCAAGCCCGGUAUGAGCCGUGACGACCUGUUCAAUAUCAAUGCUGGCAUCGUCAAGGGUCUCAUCGAGGUUGCGGCCGAGGUUGCCCCCAAGGCCUUCCUCCUCGUCAUCUCGAACCCUGUCAACUCGACCGUCCCUAUCUCCGCCGAGGUCCUGAAGGCCAAGGGUGUCUUCAACCCUCAGCGCCUGUUCGGCGUUACCACCCUCGACAUUGUCCGUGCCGAGACUUUCGUCGCCGAGAUUGCUGGAAAGGCCAGCCCCCAGGAACUCACCGUUCCAGUCAUUGGUGGCCACUCCGGCGAGACCAUCGUUCCUCUCUUCAGCCAGGUCAAGCCGGCAGUUACCAUUCCCGAUGACAAGUAUGAUGCUCUGGUCAACCGUGUCCAGUUUGGUGGUGACGAGGUCGUCAAGGCCAAGGACGGUGCUGGCUCCGCCACGCUGUCCAUGGCUUACGCUGGCUACCGGUUCGCCGAGAAGCUGCUCAAGGCUAUCGCAGGCACCAAGAGCCUGGUGGAGCCCAGCUACGUCUACCUUCCCGGUGUUCCUGGCGGUGAGGAGAUCGCCAAGAAGACUGGCUGUGACUUCUUCUCCGUCCCCAUUGAGCUGGGCCCCAACGGAGCCGAGAAGGCUGUUGACAUCCUGGGUGACAUCACCGACAAGGAGAAGACGCUGCUGGAGGCUGCCACCAAGGGCCUCAAGGGCAACAUCGAGAAGGGCGUCAGCUUCGCCAACCAAGCCGCAAAGUGAUUCCCCCUCUCCUUUUCGAUCUCGGUUAUCUUCCACCCCCUUGUCUCGUUGGACUUGAUUCAAUCGUGAAGUAAAGUGCGGCCAGCAAUUUUUGCAAUACAGCAGCACGGACUUUGCGAUAGAUUCGGAAGAAACACAUGGGAAACGUUGGUUGCUGAUUGUUCUGUUCGUCUUCCAGGUUGUGAGGGCAAGGGUUCCCGUGUGUCAGGUCCUUGAUGAUAAUGGCCAGGGUGGAGGAUCAUCUGCAGCUUGACGUACAAGGCCAGCAUUAGAGAUCCUUACGAAUUCAUUACUCUUUGACGAU